AUGGCUGCAGAGAAAGCUGAAAUUGAUGCACUGAAAAAGGAGUGCGAUGGCCUCCGUACACAGAUUGAGGCGGCCCGUAAAGCUGUGAAUGACGGCAACAUGUCAUCAGCAGCAGGAUCAGCAACCGAUGUAGGCCGUGUGCAGCUGAAGCUCAGGAAAUCCCUCAAAGGUCACCUGGCUAAAAUCUAUUCCAUGCACUGGUCUUCUGACUCCAGGUCAAUGGUCAGUGCAUCACAGGAUGGCAAGCUUCUUGUCUGGGACACCCAUACAGGGAACAAGUUGGUUGCUGUCCCACUAAAGUCAGCUUGGGUGAUGAGCGUCGCCUUCGCCCCCUCUGGAAACCUGGUGGCCAGCGGUGGUCUGGAUAACAUGUGCACAGUGUACAACAUCAAGGCUGCCAGCCCAAAGACCCUCAGGGAGCUGGACGCACACACAGGUUACCUGUCUUGCUGCCGUUUCCUUAGUGACAAUGAGAUCUUGACAGCCUCCGGUGACACUACCUGCUGUCUGUGGGACUUGGAGACUGGCAAGCAGAAGAUCAUCUUCACCAACCACAUUGGAGACUGCAUGUCUCUGGCCCUCUCCAACGACGAGAACACCUUUGUCUCCGGAGCUUGUGACUCUCUGGCCAAGCUGUGGGACCUGAGGGAAGGGACCUGCAAGCAGACCUUCUCCGGACACACCAGCGACAUCAACGCCAUCCAGUUCUUCCCCAAUGGAAACGCCUUCGUCACAGGCUCCGACGACUGCUCCUGCAAGAUGUACGACCUGCGCUCCGACCAGGAAGUGAUCACUUACCAGGACGCAAGCCUGAACGCAGGCGUCACGUCUUUGACUCUCUCCAACUCUGGCCGCCUUAUCUUUGCCGGCUACGAUGACUUCAACUGCCACAUCUGGGACUCACUGAAGGGAGAGAAAGUUGGUGUGCUGUCCGGCCACGACAACAGGGUGAGCUGCACCGGUGUCCCUGCUGACGGUAUGGGUGUCUGCACAGGAUCCUGGGACAGCUUCCUCAAACUGUGGAACUAAAGCGCCUCGGAAAAACACCGGACGAGAGAGAGUAGGAGGAGGAGGAGAGGAAGAUGAGGGCAGGGAGAGUAAAAGUGUGGAGAUAGGGAGGAGGAGAGGAGAGGAAAGUAAACUAGGAGACGAGUGAGGUUAGAGGACGCAGAUGUUUGAGCACAGAUCUUUCUUUCUUUCUCUCUCCCUCUCUGCUUCUUCCUUAUACAUGUAUGCAAAAUAUGAGAGGUUGCGAGUGUGUCACGUUGUAUAAAUGGCAUCAGGUAAACAGUGCGCGAUGCAUCCCGCUGUAUGUACAAGAGAGUUGUAUUGUUGGCGGGACUAUUCUAACACUGAUAAUGUAAACAAAUAAAAGAGCACAUUAAUCAAAAAGGAUUACAGAGCAGAAGUUCCUAUUGAGAAUCAAUUAAACGCAUAUCGAUUUUUGACAAUAAAAAAGAAGGAACACUUGAAAAUAAGACUGUAGGCAUACAGAUUUAUUUUUAUUAUUGUCGGUGACCUGUAAAAGAGCCCUGCACUUAUUUAGAUACAAUAUUGAUAUGUACAUUUAUUUGUAUUUUAUAGUUUGACACAUAGGAUGGAGAGUCUAUGUACAGUGUCUUUAUUUUUUCUGUACUUUAUUUUGGUUUUGGGCUGCACAUAUCCGGAGUAUGUACGAAAGAGCUGCCAUUUUCCUCCUGCCAACCACCGGCAGACUUUGAUCAAACAUGGCCGCUGCUGUUUCCCUGUUUCACCACGGAAAAUCCAAUGAGGCACCCAGAGAAAUGAAGCUUCCAAGGUGGAGCCAGGCUAGCAGGCUGUGAGACGGUCCGACCUGUGAAAACAUUCUGUAAAGACCCCGUAAACUUCAUUUUACUCCCCUGGGUUCAGCUGCAUUUUGUAGUACUUUUACACAAAAGACGAAAUGUUUGUUGAAGAUCUUUCUAAUAAACAUAGAAUUCUGCGUUAACACUA